AACUGAUGGUCUCUGUGUGAAGGAGCUACGCAAAGGGGACCGGAUUCCAUGCCAACAACAACAACAGCAGCAGCAAUGGCAGAAGCAGAGAUGCGUCAGAGGCUACUGUGCACCGUCAAGAAGGAGGUGAAGCAGAUCAUGGAGGAGGCUGUCACCAGGAAGUUUGUACAUGAAGACAGCAGCCACAUUGUCUCGUUUUGUGCUGCGGUGGAGGCUUGCGUUCUACAUGGGCUUAAGCGGCGAGCGGCGGGAUUCCUGCGUAGCAAUAAAAUAGCAGCGCUCUUCAUGAAGGUGGGGAAGAGCUUCACCCCGGCAGAGGAGCUGUGCAGGAAGGCUCAGGAGCUGGAACAGAUCAUCGAGAGCAAGCGGAACCAAAGCAUGCCCAACCAGGACAGCAUACGGAGACUGCCCAGGCUGUCGAGCCUCAGCCCGCAGGUGGUCAGAAACUUGUGGAUCCGCACGGCCCUCUUUGAGAAGGUGCUGGACAAGAUCGUGCUCUACCUCGUGGAGAACAGCAGUAAAUUCUACGAAAAAGAGGCCAUUCUGAUGGAUCCGGUGGACGGACCCAUUCUGGCCUCUUUGUUAGUGGGGCCCUGUGCCUUGGAGUACACAAAGAUGAAAACGGCGGACCACUUCUGGACAGACCCCUCAGCAGACGAGCUGGUCCAGAGACACCGCAUCCACAGUGGUCAUUGCAGACAGGACUCCCCCACCAAGAGGCCUGCCCUUUGUAUCCAGAAGAGACAUUCAAGUAGCAGCAUUGAUGAGCGGCCUUCCCCCUCGCCCUCAGCCCGGGACUAUGUGGAGUCACUGCACCAGAACAACAGAGCCACCCUGCUGUUUGGAAAGAACAACGUGCUGGUGCAGCCGAGGGAUGACAUGGAGGCUAUUCCAGGAUACCUUUCUCUCCACCAGACCGCCGACAUCAUGACACUGAAGUGGACGCCCAAUCAGCUGAUGAACGGCUCUGUGGGAGACCUGGACUAUGAGCACAGUGUGUACUGGGAUUACGCUAUGACCAUCCGUCUGGAGGAAAUUGUUUAUUUGCACUGUCAUCAGCAGGUGGACAGCGGGGGCACGGUUGUGCUGGUGAGCCAGGACGGCAUUCAGAGACCCCCGCUGCGCUUCCCUAGAGGGGGGCAUCUGCUCCAGUUCCUCUCCUGCCUGGAGAAUGGCCUCUUGCCCCAUGGCCAGCUGGAUCCUCCGCUCUGGUCCCAGAGAGGAAAGGGGAAGGUGUUCCCUAAACUGAGAAACAAGUGUUCACAGGGCUCCUCGGACUCAGUGUCCGAUAAGGAGGAGGAUGAGGCCACAGACUAUGUCUUCCGCAUCCUGUUCCCCAACAGCCAAUCAGAGUUUGUGGCUCCAGAGCUGUUGGACCAGGGGGCCAACAUCUGGCAGCCCAUCCCCAGGAAGUCCUCCUACUCAUCCUGUACCCAGGGCAGCUUCUCAGAUGGAGGACCCCCCAACGGUUGCAACCAUGAAAGAGCCCCUUUGAAGCUGCUGUGUGACCAAAUGAAGUAUCAGAUAAUCUCCCGGGCAUUCUACGGCUGGCUAGCUUAUUGUCGUCAACUGUCCACUGUACGUACACACCUCUCGGCCCUGGUCAACCACACUAUCGUGGCACCCGAUGUGCCCUGCGAUGCCUUCACGGGCCUCACCGCUGAGGUGUGGCAGAGGUUCCUUCAGGACUGCACUGCCUAUAACGAGCAGGAGCUGCUGCGCCUGGUGUACUUCGGCGGUGUUGAUCCUUCGCUGCGUAAGGAGGUGUGGCCCUUCCUCCUGGGCCACUACCAGUUUGGCAUGUCUGAGUCUGACAGGAAAGAGGUGGAUGAGCAGGUGCGGGCGUGCUACGAGCAGACCAUGAGCGAGUGGCUGGGCUGCGAGGCCAUCGUGCGGCAGCGGGAGAAGGAGCAGCAUGCAGCGGCGCUGGCUAAGUGCUUGUCUGUCUCGGCCAGCGUGGAUAAUCCCAACCCUGUCCAGAGAAUGCUGCACCAUGACUCCAGCAUCAGCAAUGAGUCCUCCCGGAGCUGCAGCUCAGACAGACAGAGCCUGGCUCGCCUGCAGAGUGACUCCAGCAGCAGCACCCAGGUGUUUGAGUCUGUGGAGGAGGUGGAUCAGAUCGAGACAGAGCCCAAGAGCAAAGAGGCCAAGCAGGUGCCCAAGAUCCCCAAUGGAGGAGCCCUGCCCAACGGGACCAGCUCCCCAGACUCGGGGCACCCCUCCUCUCGCAACUUCUCAGUCACCUCGGGCCUGUCAGACCGCUCUUUGAGCACAGAGGACAGCACUGCACCUGACACCACCCCUAAAAACAUCACCAGCACUCCUCCACAGUUGGCCCCAGCCCCACAGAGCCCAGUCAAAGCCCAUGAGGAAGAGUUGGAGGCAGAUAGCCCAAAAGCCCAACCCCCAGCCCUGCAGGAGGAGAAGGACCUCCAGGCCAAGGACCCACCAGAGAAGGAGGAAAAAGAGAGUGUGACCGAAGUGACCCAGGAGAUUGAGGGCAACGAGACAGAAGUGCCAGAUAUAGAAAUAGACAAAAAUACAGUGACAGUAGAGCCAGUAGAAACAGAAAUGCCAGAAGUAGAAAUUGACAAGAAGACAGAGGUGCUAGAGAUUGAAAUGGACAAAAACACAGAGACAAGGGAGGACAAGGCAGCAGACCUAAGUGCGUUAGAGAGCCAGAAAAUAGAGGAAGAAAAUACAUCCGUGACUGGACCUGCCGAGAAAGAAGAGGUAAGGAUCAAUGAAAAGGGGGACAUUGAGUUACCGAAAGCAGAAGUGGAUGCUGUAGAAGAAACGGUGAAGUCCAAAACAGAUGAGUUCAAAACAAUGGAGGCUAAAGAGCCUGAGACAGAAGUGGUAAAAAUGUUGGAUGGAGAGCCAACCAUGCGAGCAGACACAGAGGAGUUGCAGUCACUGGAAACAGAGACAUUAACUCAAGAGUCAAGAGAAACAGAGGACGAAGGAUCAGAACCAGAGUCUGUAGAUCCAGAAGAGAAUGAAACAUCCCAAACAAACCAUAGAGAGCCAAAAGAGGAGAAGGCAUUGACAUCAACGAUGACUGCAGAAGCAAUGGAGGACAAGACAUCAGAAUUCGAGGUUGAGCAAACUUCGGAGGCUGGAAAAACAAAGAGUGCUGAAACAUCGGAAGUAAAGGAAGCCGAAGGAAAGACUAUGGAAAAGACAGAAACUGAGAAAGAAGUAGAAGCCAAUGAGACUGUAAAAUUUGAAGAGGUAACCGAAACAAAGGGGGUUAAGACGAUGUCACAUGAAGAAGUUGCAGAGGAAAACGUGGAGGACAUUACAAAAUCUAAGGAAGUGGGAAAAAGAGAGGAGGAGACCAAGCGGUCAGCGACGGAGAAGAAUACAAGCCCCGUAGCAGACACCAGGGUGGCAAGGGCAAUGGAAGCAUUUGGUAGCACCACCCAGAGUGAGGAGGCUCUGGCCACCACGGAAUCUGAGGAGUCUCCUUCAGCCAUUGAGAUGGCAAACGUCUCCAUUGCCCCACUGUGGGACCGGAUGGGUCCGUGCGACAGUUCCGGGGUCGGGGCUGCUCUCUCUGAGGGCUCAGUCCCCCAUCUGGAGCUCCAACUGGAGGAGGAGGAGCAGUGCAAAACCAGCCCAGAGGGCACAGAGUCCAUCUUGUCUGAGGAGCCUGAGAUGGAGAGCAUCUUCCCACAAUUUGACUCCCUGACCGUGGGCAGAGAGCUGACAAACGAGGACAUCUCUCCAGUGUCAUCCAUCGGAACCACGUAUUCUCAAGAGCUUUUGGACAUGUACACGAUGAACCUGCACCGCAUUGAGAAGGAUGUCCAGAGGUGUGACAGGAACUACUGGUACUUUACCCCUGCCAACCUGGAGAAACUGCGCAACAUCAUGUGCAGCUAUAUCUGGCAGCACCUGGAGAUUGGCUAUGUGCAGGGCAUGUGUGACCUGCUGGCUCCCCUCCUUGUCAUUCUGGAUGAUGAGGCCAUGGCCUUCAGCUGUUUCACUGAGCUCAUGAAGCGGAUGAAUCAGAACUUCCCCCAUGGCGGUGGCAUGGACACUCAAUUUGCCAACAUGCGCUCUCUCAUCCAGAUCCUGGAUUCUGAGCUCUUUGAGCUAAUGCACCAAAAUGGCGACUACACCCACUUCUACUUCUGCUACCGAUGGUUCCUUCUAGACUUAAAGCGUGAGCUGGUGUAUGAUGAUGUGUUUGCGGUGUGGGAAACCAUCUGGGCAGCAAAGUACGCCUCCUCUGGCCACUUUGUCCUCUUCAUCGCUCUGGCGCUGGUGGAGGUCUACCGGGACAUCAUUCUGGAGAACAACAUGGACUUCACCGACAUCAUUAAGUUUUUCAACGAAAUGGCUGAGCAUCACAACAGCAAGCAGAUCCUGACACUGGCCCGGGAACUGGUGUGCAAGGUGCAGACUCUCAUUGAGAACAAGUGAUCUCCAGGAGUCAUCCACUUCUCUUCCUUCUUCCUCUUCCCCAACAGUCUUUCUUAAACAUAGAGAUAGAUAGAGGACUCAUAUUUGUAUCUGUUCUAUUAUAGCGUCUGUGACAGCAUGGGCAGUGCCGUUGAGGCUAUCUCCAUUUCAAAGAAGUCAAUUUUCUUCUUUACGAUUGGCUGAUCCCUCCUGAUGACACGGUGCUGCCCAUGCUAAAACAGCGUUUAUCUAUCUUCUCUAUGGUCAGUUUGAACAGCUGCAACCGAACAGAGAGAUCAGGGUCCAGUUCAUUAGGCACCAAAUGGAAUAAAACAGACGGAGGGAGGCACUACUUAGACUAGUCCUAUAAGAAACUGUCAAUUUCAUUUUCAGUCACAAAAUGUUUUCAAUUGCGUGCCUUGAUGAACAUGACUGAGAUGUGCUCCACUGUUCACUGCCUUCUCCUUAUCUAUGUAAUACCAGCCGGUACUCUGUCAUUUCAGGUCAUGUCAUGGAACACCAAGGGAAGGGUCACUUUUACCUCCAGUUAUUCUGUCAGGGAAACAGUUUGAUUUAUUUUUAAUUGUUAACUGUGACAUAUACUUAGUCAUCAUAGGAUGUAUGUGGUAUGCCUUGUAGACACUGGCCUGUCUUGAUUGAAGUGGGGUUAGAAUUAGAGGUCGACCGAUUAAUCGGAAUGGCCGAUUUCAAGUUUUAAUAACAAUCGGAAAUCUAUUUUUGGGCCCAAUUUAAAAAUAGAUAUAUAUUUUUUUUUUAAUUGUUUUAUACCUUUUAUUUAACUAGGCAAGUCAGUCAAGAUCACAUUCUUAUUUUCAAUGACGGCCUAGGAACGGUGGGUUAACUGCCUCGUUCAGGGGCAGAACGACAGAUUUUCACCUAGUCAGCUCGGGGGAUGCAAUCUUGCAACAUUACAGUUAACUAGUCCAACGCAAUAACGACCUGCCUCUCUCUCGUUGCACUCCACAAGGAGACUGCCUGUUACGCAAAUGCAGUAAGCCAAGGUAAGUUGCUAGAUAGCAUUAAACUUAUCUUAUAAAAAAACAAUCAAUCAUAAUCACUAGUUAACUACACAUGGUUGAUGAUAUUACUAGAUAUUAUCUAGCGUGUCCUGCGUUGCAUACAAUCUGACUGAGCAUACAAGUAUCUAAGUAUCUGACUGAGCGGUGGUAGGCAGAAGCAGGCCCGUAAACAUUCAUUCAAACAGCACUUUUGUGCGUUUUGCCAGCAGCUCUUUGUUGUGCGUCGAGCAUUGCUCUGUUUGACUUCAAGCCUAUCAACUCCCGAGAUGUGGCUGGUGUAAACGAAGUGAAAUGGCUAGCUAGUUAGCGCGCGCUAAUAGCGUUUCAAGCGUUACUCACUUUGAGCCUUCUAGUAGUUGUUCCCCUUGCUCUGCAUGGGUAAUGCUACUUCGAUGGUGGCUGUUGUCGUUGUGUUGCUGGUUCGAGCCCAGGGAAGAGCAAGGAGAGGGACGGAAGCUAUACUGUUACACUGGCAAUACUAAAGUGCCUAUAAGAACAUCCAAUAGUCAAAGGUUAAUGAAAUACAAAUGGUAUAGAGGGAAAUAGUCCUAUAAUUCCUAUAAUAACUACAACUUAAAACUUCUUACCUGGGAAUAUUAAAGACUCAUGUUAAAAGGAACCACCAGCGUUCAUAUGUUCUCAUGUUCUGAGCAAGGAACUGAAACAUUAGCUUUCUUACAUAGCACAUAUUGCACUUUUACUUUCUUCUCCAACACUUUGUUUUGCAUUAUUUAAACCAAAUUGAACAUGUUUCAUUAUUUACUUGAGGCUAAAUCGUUUUAUUGAUGUAUUAUAUUAAGUUAAAAUAAGUGUUCCUUCAGUAUUGUUGUAAUUGUCAUUAUUACAAAUACAUAUAUUUUUUUAAUCGGUAUCUGCGUUUUUGGUCCUCCAAUAAUGGUAUCGGUGUUGAAAAAUCAUAAUCGGUCGACCUCUAGUUAGAAUAUACAUACACAAGGCUGGUUUCACAGACCCAGUUCAAAUGAAUAUAGAAAAAAAAAUUCUGCCAUAGUUACUCAAGAACUGAAAUAUCGGUUAACCAUUUUAUUUCAUUAAAAAAAAUAAGAUUAACAAUUAGUCCUGGAAUAUUUUAAGAUGUGAUAGUUACCAUGAAUCUUUAUUAAAGUGCAAUUCAGUACAGGAGUAGGAUUAACCUGGUUGAGUGAAAUGUCCAUAAUGUUGGAGUUUAAACUUAUAUUUACAGCCUGUCUGGAGCAGUAGUUUACCUCCGUAAAUUAGUUAACAGGUAAGGUCCCUGCUAAAUGUGCCAAAGGACAGCAUUAGGGAGAAAAUUAAAUCCGCUUAAAUUUUCUACUGUGUUUUAUAAGUAGACUACCUCGCAAGUUGUUACUGCAUGUAGGUAGGUGUUCUAUCACAAUAUAUUUGAGAAUUUCUUUAAACUGAAAUGAAGGAAAAUAAUUAAUUGGGUUGCUUAAAGCUGCAAUCAGCAGUAGAAACAAUAACAAAGCAAUUUCCCCACCCCUGUUUUGGUAAAAAUCUGAUGGAUGGGGUUUGAGAAAUGUAACCACUCAAAUUCAUACACAGAGCUAUGGAUGCAAGGACUGAUCCUUCCAUGAUACAUUUAUUUAACUAGAAAAGUCAGUUAAGAACAAAUUCUUAUUUACAAUGACGGCCUACCCCGGCCAAACCUGGAUGACGCCGGGCCAAUUGUGCGCCGCCCUAUGGGACUCCCGAUCAUGGCCAGUUCACCCUUUUAAAGGAUAGAAUAUGGUAACUUCUUACAGGGAGACAGCUAAAAUAGUAUUUUCCUCUUCAUUCCAUCUUUGAUUAAAUCACUGGUUUCUACAUUAUUUGUUAAACUCCCAAAUCAGCCAGGUCCUAACAGACAAUUGCCACUUGUCUGUAUCACCUGUAAACCUGUGUGUAUGGGCACGACGUGUGGCACUGCACACUGGUAGGAGUCAUGAAUCAGUUGGAACCAUGUCAGUAAUGGGCAGAGUUUUGAUUUUCUCAUUCUGCCUUUUGUCUAUUCUAUAUUAUGUCUCUGUAUACUGUUGUGUAUGAAUUGUACUUUAAUGAGAACUAGACAUAGGUAAUUUUAAACCUUCAAAAGAUCUAUUUAUGAUACAUAUAUGAUCGUACAUGUGACUUAUAGUUGUCUGAGCAGAAAUGAGUCCCAAAAAAACAGUUGACUAUUUAACAUUGGUCUUUUUUCUUUUUAAAUGAUUGAUAUACUCCAGUGAGCCACUCUAUAUUCUGUCAGUUGUGUUGCUUUCUCAGAACCUCGUCUUGUCUUCUGGCAUUUCAUGUUCCACUGUUCUUUUAGUCCACUUCUUAAUGUUUAUUGUUUUUCUUUUGGAGAAGUGGUUGGCUGCAUUUGCAGAGAGAGUGGAAAUAGGAUUCCAAAAAUAAUUAUGUAUUCAGUUUUGCUUUAAAAGUUGGAACAUAAUGGUGAAUAUCCUAUUAGAUCGAGCACGAUAGCUGGGCUGUGACAAUUGCCAAUCAUGGUUGCCAAUUUAAGGUUGGGGGAUGCUUAGAUCCCAGGCCAGCAAGAUCAAGACAUAUGGAUAUGAAUUUGGCCUUAGAAAUCCAUCUAAAACGGGUGAAUCUAGGAAACCGAUGAAGGAUUAGGAUGUUUUACUAUAUCUGUAGCCUGGCUAGUAAAGAUUUGUGGGGGAGAACAUGUGUGCGCUUUCAUUCCCUUAAACUAAUGCUAAUUGUAAAUGAAUAUGUUUCGUGAACCACCAUUCCUGUUUUCCAUUGCCUAGGUAGAACAUCAUUUCAGUUCUACCAGUGUUGUUUCAUGAAUGUGUUGACACCUGUUGCAUUGAGUAUUGAUGGUUCUCUGUGAAGGCAAACUGCUGUAUGUCACACCAGAAUAAGAAAACCAAACAAUUGUAUUAUCUUGUAACAUCUAUUUAUUAGUUAACUUAUUUAUUUAUUCAUGAAGUUUCUGCUUUUGUAUGUAAAGGUCAUAUACUUGUUACUUUGUGGUCAGUAAAAAAGAAAAUACACUGCUCAAAAAAAUAAAGGGAACACUUAAACAACACAAUGUAACUCCAAGUCAAUUACACUUCUGUGAAAUCAAACUGUCCACUUAGGAAGCAACACUGAUUGUCAAUAAAUUUCACAUGCUGUUGUGCAAAUGGGUUAGACAACAGGUGGAAAUUAUAGGCAAUUAGCAAGACACCCCCAAUAAAGGAGUAGUUCUGCAGGUGAUAACCACAGACCACUUCUAAGUUCCCAUGCUUCCUGGCUGAUGUUUUGGUCACUUUUGAAUGCUGGCGGUGCUUUCACUCUAGUGGUAGCAUGAGACGGAGUCUACAACCCACACAAGUGGCUCAGGUAGUGCAGCUCAUCCAGGAUGGCACAUCAAUGCGAGCUGUGGCAAGAAGGUUUGCUGUGUCUGUCAGCGUAGUGUCCAGAGCAUGGAGGCGCUACCAGGAGACAGGCCAGUACAUCAGGAGACGUGGAGGAGGCCGUAGGAGGGCAACAACCCAGCAGCAGGACCGCUACCUCCGCCUUUGUGCAAGGAGGAGCAGGAGGAGCACUGCCAGAGCCCUGCAAAAUGACCUCCAGCAGGCCACAAAUGUGCAUGUGUCUGCUCAAACGGUCAGAAACAGACUCUAUGAGGGUGGUAGGAGUGCCCGACGUCCACAGGUGGGGGUUGAGCUUACAGCCCAACACCGUGCAGGAUGUUUGGCAUUUGCCAGAGAACACCAAGAUUGGCAAAUUCGCCACUGGCGCCCUGUGCUCUUCACAGAUGAAAGCAGGUUCAUACUGAGCACAUGUGACAGACGUGACAGUCUGGAGAUGCCGUGGAGAACGUUCUGCUGCCUGCAACAUCCUCCAGCAUGACCGGUUUGGCGGUGGGUCAGUCAUGGUGUGGGGUGGCAUUUCUUUGGGGGGCCGCACAGCCCUCCAUGUGCUCGCCAGAGGUAGCCUGACUGCCAUUAGGUACCGGAAUAAGAUCCUCAGACCCCUUGUGAGAACAUAUGCUGGUGUGGUUGGCCCUGGGUUUCUCCUAAUGCAAGACAAUGCUAGACCUCAUGUGGCUGGAGUGUGUCAGCAGUCCCUGCAAGAGGAAGGCAUUGAUGCUAUGGACUGGCCCGCCCGUUCCCCAGACCUGAAUCCAAUUGAGCACAUCUGGGACAUCAUGUCUCGCUUUAGUCCAGGUCUGGGAGGAGAUCCCUCAGGAGACCAUCCGCCACCUCAUCAGGAGCAUGCCCAGGCGUUGUAGGGAGUUCAUACAGGCACGUGGAGGCCACACACACUACUGAGCCUCAUUUUGACUUGUUUUAAGGACAUUACAUCAAAGUUGGAUCAGCCUUUAGUGUGGUUUUCCACUUUAAUUUUGAGUGUGACUCCAAAUCCAGACCUCCAUGGGUUGAUAAAUUUGAUUUCCAUUGAUAAUUUUUGUGUGAUAGUUAAAUGUGCUGACAACAAUGUAAAGAAAAAAGUAUUUAAUAAGAAUAUUUCAUUCAUUCAGAUCUAGGAUGUUAUUUUAGUGUUCCCUUUUUUGAGCAGUGUAUAAUGAAAACAAUCCAAUUCUAAAUAUAUAGAUAUUAAAUGGUAUAUGUAUUUGUAAAA